GCUUUACAACCGUCAACGUUUGACCUAGUUUCACUCGAGAGCUACUCUACGUCUUGUUCAUGAGAUUAGUCCAAAUGCAACUCCUGCAUUCAUUGUUCGCAUUCCUGCUCCUGCUGCCGACACUGGCGUCGGCAGCAGUGUUCCCAGCCGACUCCAAGGUCAAGAUGCUCGACCCGAAAGGCUUCAAGCGCGCCAUGCGCGCGAACCGUACUGCCGUCGUCGCGUUCGUUGCCCCAUGGUGCGGGCACUGUCAACGCAUGGCGCCCGAAUACAGCAAGGCAGCGGACAAGCUCAGCCCUCUGAUCCCUCUGUACGCCGUGGACUGCGAUGAACAAGCGAACAAGGGGUUGUGCGCCGAACAGGGCAUCCAAGGUUUCCCUACGGUGAAGGCGUGGCCACGGGGCGGUCAGUCACCCCCAGAGACCUACAACUCGGGCGAGCGCACCGCGGGCCCCAUCACGCGCUGGGCAGGCCGCGCGGUCCCAGACAAGGUGAAGGACAUCAAGAAGACUGACGAUGUGAACAAAUGGGCCCAGGAUAACAUCGACCUCCCGCGCGCGCUGCUGAUCAACAAGGACCAGAAGCCGCCGCUCCUCUGGCGCGUGCUGGGCAACAACUACCGCAAGCGGAUCGCGGUCGCGCAUCACCGGGACGCGGACGACGAGACGGCCAAGGCGCUGGGGCUGGAGAGCGACAAGGCGACCAAGGUGGUCAUCUACCAGCCUGGGUCGACGGAGCCAACCCUUUACGACGGAGCUACGAAGUACGAGGCGCUGGCUAAGCAUUUCAAGGCGAUAGUCGAGAAGGCAAAGGAAGAGAAGGCGGAGCGCGCUAAGGACGAGCUGUAGAUGGCUCCAUACAGCCUUUAUACACACCAGCAUGAAUACGGAACUCAAU